GCAAUGCACUGUUUCUCCGGGCUGGCCACCUCCAGCAGGGCCUGCUUCUCUGGAGCAGCUCCUGCCUCCAGCAGCGCCCCGUGGACCUCAGAGUCACUGAGGGCAGCCCUCCCGGGGGCCCUGCCAAGCAUCAUGCUGGGGAAGCUGCCCCUGGGGGUCGUCUCCCCUUACGUGAAGAUGAGUUCAGGGGGCAGCAUGGACCCCCUGCAAUUCUAUGCCACCAGCUACUGCACUUCCUACGGUCGUGAGGAGUUCAAGCCCCGUGUAGGCACUCACAUGGGGACAGGCUACAAGUCGAAUUACCGGCCUAUAGUCUCACACCAAGCCAACCUGGACGCCCCGGAAAACCCAGCCAUGGAGGAACAAAUCCGGGACAAUCUCCAGACAGCAACCAGUCCGAGUUACCGCCCCCUGGAGGUGCCUGAUGGCAAGUUCCCAGUGUCCUGGAACCCAUACCAGGCCAGCUCUGGCUAUGGGCGGGAGAAGCCCAACACGGGUCCCACCACUAAGGAGGUCAGAAAGGUCCAUUUUGACACCCAGGAGCACGGGCCCCAGGCCAUCGCUGGGUUGGAGCCCAAGGCCAUGCCCCUGCUCCACCAGCCGCAGAGCAAGGGCUCUCUGGAGUGGGAGAACUGGCGACAUGGCCCGCGCUUCAUGACUUCUGAGUACAAUUCCAAGUAUCUCAAGGAGCCUUCGAAUCAGCCAGAUCUCUUGCAGAAGAAGUCGAUCGGAGCCAAGGAGGACACGGGCUACACUGAACAGUCCACCAAGAACCCCAUUGUCUUUCAGCCGCCCUCCCAGGCCACCCCUGGAGACCCCGUCCUCCUCCCGGGCCGGAGUGUCACCAAAUCGGAUUAUCUCCCCAUGACUCACCCUCACGGAGAUGAGUUCCUGCCGGUGUUGUCCAGAGGCUCGGAGCGGGAGACCAGCUUCAGCCGAGUGAAUGAAAGGACUCUGAACCCCAGAGUGCCCCCUUCCGGUGUAGAACCCAGCAGCAUGAACCACUGGCAGUUCCAGAACCCCCAGAGGAUGCAACAGACGAAUGUUGCCAUGCUUGGCCGGGAGACCGUGGGGAAAAAGGAGCCCACAGGGUUCAGCCUGAACAACCCCAGCUACGUCCGGAGCCCCUACGACUCUGACAGGGAUAAUCGGUACCUGACCACCUACAACCAAGGAUACUUUGAGAAUAUCCCCAAGGGGCUAGACCGGGAAGGCUGGACUCGAGGGGGCAUCCAGCCCCAAAUGUCAAGCGGCUAUGUUCUCAACCAACCUGUCACCCGCAUGGAGGCCACCCCCAACCCCACGGAGAGCCUGCGGCGCCUGCACCCUCAUGUGGGAAGAACUCUGACCUCAGUAGACCCCUUCUACCGGGACACGCCUCAUAGCAGCCGCUUCAUGGCACCCAGCUGAGCCUGCAGCCUGGGUCUGCCAACCUAGCGGACAGGAGCCAGACUCUGUCCGCACACGCCUCCCCCCGCCCCCCCCCCACCGCGACUCCCCAGCUACUUCCCUAAGAGAUAAAGAGCACCAAA